UAUAUCUGUCACUGUAAAUGGAACUUCCCCACCUCAGUAUUUGUGGAGCAUGCAGGGAGACCAAGAAAACCAAUGGAAGCAUGCGUCAGUCAGUCUCCCCUAUCUGAGAAAUCAACAGUUCAGGAUCCUAAUGCAAGGCAUCAGCACUGGUGGUCAGCAAGAAAACAUUGCUGUUGAUGACAUCAGCUUCAACACUGGAGUUUGUCCAUUAGGUAGCUGCAGUUUUGAAGCUGAUAUGUGUUCUUACUCUAAUGUAUUUACUGGUGAUGACUUUGACUGGCAGAGAGGCAGUGGGGGAUCAUCAAGUCGCACAUUGGGUCCAUCUACUGACCACACACGCCACACAUCAGCUGGGCACUACAUGUACCUGGAAACUUCUGGUGCCAACCUCACAGCAGGGCAGAAGGCGUGGCUAGUGAGUGAGACUCUGCCAUCUCCUAUCAAUCCAACAGGGGGAUGUCUUACCUUCUAUUAUCACUUGUAUGGGGUGGGAAUAGGCACUCUGAAUGUCUAUACACGAUCUGCAUCCACUCAUAACUUGACUCUCAUCUGGUCUCUAAGCGGCAACCAGGGCAAUGUGUGGAACUAUGGCAGAGCUCCUAUACUGACUAAAAACUCAUAUGAGAUCAUCAUUGAAGGUGUUUAUGGAGGCAACACUACAGGAGAUAUUGCCAUUGAUGACAUCUCUCUAUCAUCUUAUCGUUGUUUUAGCAUUAUCCAACCUACUACUACUCCCAGGGUUUUAACAUCGACACUGACAUACCCUCCUACCUCCAUAGACUGUGACUUUGAGUCAGACAUCUGUAACUGGCAGCAAGAUACUAGUGACCAGUUCAACUGGGAGGUCCAAGCUGGCAGAACACUGACUGGGACAGGUCCCACUGCUGACCACACUUACAGUACUCUUCGAGGGCACUUUGCCUACAUCAACUCAUCACAUGACUCAGCAAACAGCUCUGCUCGUCUGAUCAGUCCAGCACUGACCAUUGGACCCCAAGGUGUCUGCUUCAAGUUCUGGUACUACAUGUAUGGAAGCUCUAUUAACCGAUUAACUCUUCUGGCUCAGAGCAAUGGAAAAAGUCAAGCAUUAUGGACACGGUCAGGAACUCGAGGACCUCAGUGGAGAUAUAGUCAGGUACAUAUACGCACUAAUGGAUCUACAGUCUUUAUCCUAGAAGGUCUACCAGGAGUUGGUGCACAUGGGGAUAUUGCACUUGAUGACAUUUCAGUGAAUGUUGACCACUGCCCUGCUGAAGUAAUCUGUGACUUUGAGAACGAUGAAUGUGGAUACACCCAGGCAUAUGAUGACAACUUUGACUGGGUCAUGAAGACUGCUACAGCCAGUGUCAUAGUUUCUGCCCCCUCUACAGACCACACUUUUGGUACAUCUCUAGGACAUUACAUGUACACCAUAUCUAGACUGCCACCUGGCAGUUUUGCACGGCUGGACAGUCCCUUUCUGGAGGCAACUUCAGGCUCCUGUUUGCAGUUUUGGUAUAACAUGCAUGGGUACAAUCUUCAGGGAGCAACAGUGGGCACACUUAAUGUGUACACUCGUAGUGAUGGUGCUCUUAGUAACGCCAUAUUCACGCGGACAGGAGAGCAGGGUGCUGAGUGGGAAAUUGCCCAAGCCACUCUCCGCAGUACUGUCCCAUUCAAGGUGACAUUUGAAGGUGUAGUUGGAAAUGGAUUCUUCAAUGCUAUCUGUAUAGAUGACAUCACUGUUCAGCCUGGUGCUUGUCCUGGUGAAGGUAACUGUGACUUUGAGGAGAACCUUUGUACAUGGAAGAACACUGCUGUGGGAGAUAACUUCGAUUGGCUGCAAGGACAGAACCAACCACUGGCAGGUUUUUCAGGCACUGUUGUUGACCACACGCUGAACACAGUCUAUGGUGUUUAUAUGUACACUGACUCAUCUCCACCUCGUCAGACUGGUGACAAAGCCUGGCUUGUUUCACCAUCAUUUGAUAACUCUACAGCUCGCUGUCUGUCACUGUGGUACAUGAUGGCUACAAGAGGCGCUAUCAACAUCAAAGUCAUUCGCUUUGACCAAUGGUUCUCUCAUAAAUGUUGCAAGCAUAAAUCAGGAGGGAACUGACUGGCAGUUGUCAAGAGUGACCAUAGCUAACAUAAAUUUCUCUUACCGCAUUGUAAUAGAGCACAUUAUUCAGACUCCUGGUAUGAGUGAUGUUGCUAUUGAUGACAUCUCAGUACAGAUAGGAAACUGCAGUGUAUUGCCCACAAUGUCUCCACAGCAGUGUGCCUUCACCGUGUCCUGGA